AUGGCAGCAGCCGUGGGACAGGAUUUGGCUCAGCUCAUGAAUUCAAGCAGCUCUCAUAAAGAUCUGGCAGGCAAGUAUCGCCAGAUCCUGGAAAAAGCCAUUCAGUUAUCUGGGGCAGAACAAUUAGAAGCUUUGAAAGCUUUUGUGGAAGCAGUGGUAAAUGAGAAUGUCAGCCUUGUGAUCUCUCGACAGUUGCUGAUUGAUUUCUGCACACAUCUCCCUAACCUGCCUGAGAGCACAGCCAAAGAAAUCUAUCGUUUCACCUUGGAGAAGAUCCAGCCUAGAGUCAUUUCAUUUGAGGAGCAGGUUGUUUCCAUAAGACAGCAUCUUGCAUCCAUAUAUGAGAAAGAAGAAGACUGGAGAAAUGCAGCCCAAGUGUUGGUGGGAAUUCCUUUGGAAACAGGACAAAAAGAAUACAAUGUAGAUUAUAAACUGUAGACAUACCUGAAGAUUGCUAGGCUAUAUCUGGAGGAUGAUGAUCCCGUCCAGGCAGAGGCUUACAUAAAUCGAGCAUCAUUGCUUCAGAAUGAAUCAACCAACGAACAGUUACAGAUACAUUAUAAGGUAUGCUAUGCACGUGUUCUUGAUUACAGAAGAAAAUUCAUUGAAGCUGCACAAAGGUACAGUGAGCUCUCUUACAAGACAAUAGUGCACGAAAGUGAAAGACUAGAGGCCUUAAAACAUGCUUUGCACUGUACCAUCUUAGCAUCAACAGGACAGCAGCGUUCUCGGAUGCUAGCUACUCUUUUUAAGGAGGAAAGGUGCCAGCAACUUGCUGUUUAUGGGAUCCUAGAAAUGUACCUAGAUAGGAUCAUCAGAGGAAAUCAACUUCAAGAAUUUGCUGCCAUGCUGUUGCCUCACCAAAAAGCAACCACAGCUGAUGGUUCCAGCAUUUUGGACAGAGCUGUUAUUGAACACAAUUUGUUGUCUGCAAGCAAAUUAUAUAAUAAUAUUACCUUCGAAGAACUUGGAGCUCUUUUAGAGAUAUCUGCAGCUAAGGCAGAAAAGAUAGCAUCACAAAUGAUAACAGAAGGCCGUAUGAAUGGAUUUAUCGAUCAGAUUGAUGGAAUAGUUCAUUUUGAAACACGAGAAGCCCUGCCAACAUGGGACAAACAGAUCCAGUCACUUUGUUUCCAAGUGAAUAACCUUUUGGAGAAAAUUAGUCAGACAGCACCAGAAUGGACAGCACAAGCCAUGGAAGCCCAGAUGGCUCAGUGACUCCCUGCAGAAC